UGGAUAAGCAGUGCGAGUAUUGUGGUAUACAUAGUCUGUCACUCCGCCGAUGUACCGGUUGUCUGAAGGUCUAUUACUGCUCCAAGGACUGUCAAAAGGCGGAUUGGAAUAAACGACAUAUGCGUUUAUGUAAAGAAAAUGGAAAACAAACAGGGAAAACGCCUGGGGAUGGAGCAACUGCAAACGACACGUCAGCUAAUUUUGGACCAUUCUUAUAUUCUACAGAUCGUCUAACAGGAAAAUUGCAGGCCAUUUCAUUCAGCAAUGCUGAAAGUUCCAAAAUGUUAAAAGAUAUAUGUGUAGUUUGCCUAAAAGCAGAUGACGUCAAAACUUGUAAACGUUGCAAACAGGUAAAAUACUGCUCUAUGAGUUGUCAACGCCAGGAUUGGUCUAAACACAAACAUGCAUGUAAAGUAGCAUCGAAGUUACGGGCCAGAAUCCCUCCAAACCUCGACCAGAGAUCAGGAGUACUGCCAAACGGCGCAGUCGGAAACGGUCCUAUCGGCAAAAUUGAUCCAAACUGUCUAGAAGUGGAUUUGAAUUAUAAAGCUACCGCGAAAAAAGAAUUGUUGGAUAAAGCGAAGGCCUCCACGAAACUCCUUUUCCCUUUCCAUAGAAUUUUGGAUGGCAUCUACGACAUACCAGAUGAAUAUCUCGGAAUGCGACCCGGUGGGACAAAUUCUGUCCUGGUGGCAUUUAUCUCCAGAUACCACGAUCACGUGGUGCGACACUGUAUUUAUAUUGGGGACAAAGAUGGGGCAGAGAUAUACGUGGCUUUCUAUCUUGAUUUCGACAAUCCGUCGCCCUACUUCCAUUGGUCCGACGUCGUUCCAGGGAAAUAUAUUUGUAUUGAGGACCCCUAUAUUCACUUCUUUCUAAACGGUGCUGUCGGAAUGAGGGUUGACAAGGCGGCAAACGUCAGGAUUCUGUCCGUAUGAAUUCGGAGAAUGCUGAGAAUUAUUACCGUGCCAUCAAUAGACUAAUUGGUUUAUUUGUCACCUGUGGAGUGCUUUUGCUUUGCCCUUUAUGUUUUAUUUUCUCUUAUUUUGAUUUCUGAUUUCUUUAUCCUCGCUUUCUACUUGAAUUUUGUAUGCUGAGACUGUGAUAUAUUUGUAGAAACUUUUUGGUGUGAUGAGACUGUGAUAUAUUUGUAUAAACUUUUUGGUGUGACGAGACUGUGAUUUCCCGUCUUUGCGUAUUGCAGAGUUAUCUUCUCUUGAGAGCAGGUAUUGAUUG